GGGUUAAACAUCAAAGAUUUCUAGCUAAAUCAAAUGUUCUCAAGCAGCUGGGGCAUGAAUUAAUUGGAUGCUACAUAGGCUGCUCGAAGUAUAUAGGAUGAGGACGAAGAAGCAACCAUAUUUCUCUGACUGUGACAUUCACUCUUUGGGAAGCCAUUCGAUUUUUACAGUGUUUGUUGUGCUAUUUAUUUCUUAUUGACCCAUUGUUUAUUAUAUUUCUCCAUUGUCUUGACGACAUUAUCUGUCAUUAUGUCGGAUACCGAAGAUAAUCAGGAUAUGUUACCGAGUUUGGUCCAGCAGAUAGUCCAACGGAUAACAGCGGGAGAGGUCCCUAUCAAGAAUAUUGAGCGGGAGCUCAUUUGUCCGAUUUGCAAGGAGCUGUUUACGCACCCCCUCAUCUUGCCCUGUCAGCACAGUGUUUGUCACAAGUGUGUCCGAGAGCUGUUGCUGUUGAACCAUGAGGAUUCCUUCGACGCUGGGUCUGAAUGUUCCCUCCCUGGGAGCCCGGGACCCCGAUCCAGAGUACCCUCACCAAGCAUGGAGAGGCUGGAUAGGCUUGCAAGAUCAGCCACACUGCAGAGAAGGUCGUUUGGGAGGAGAGGAUCCAUCUCCUCACCAGGAUGGAGGCGUGGCUCUGUGACCCCCCGCGUCACCACUUUCCCGUGCCCAGGCUGCCAACACGACGUGGACCUGGGUGAGCGGGGCAUGAGCAUGCUCUUCCGGAACUUCACCCUGGAGAGCAUCGUGGAGCGCUACCGGCAGGCGGCCCGCGCCGCCGUGGCGAUCAUGUGCAACAUGUGCAAACCGCCCCAGCAGGAGGCUACCAAGAGCUGCAUGGACUGCAAGGCCAGCUACUGCAACGAGUGCUUCAAGUUCCACCACCCAUGGGGCACCCCCAAAGCCCAGCACGAGUAUGUGGGGCCCACCAUGAACUUUAGGCCCAAGGUGCUGAUGUGUCCGGAGCACGAGAUGGAGAAGGUGAACAUGUACUGCGAGGUUUGCCGCCGUCCAGUCUGUCAUCUGUGCAAGCUGGGAGGCUCCCACGCCAACCACAAAGUCACAUCAAUGAGCAGCGCCUACAAGAUCCUCAAGGAGAAGCUAUCAAAGAGUAUCCAUUACUUAAUCAGCAAAGAGGACCAAGUGAGGACUCAGAUUUCCCACAUGGAGGUGUUGAUCAAUGAAACUGAGGAGAAUGGCCAGGUGGCGGAGUGUCGGGCCAACGAGCACUUUGAGCGGCUGUUCCAGACCCUCCAGGAGAGGAAGUCUGAGAUGCUGAACUCCAUUGCGCAGUCGAGGACGCGGCGUCUGGAGCAGCUCCGGGGCCAGGUGGAAGAGUACCAGGGCAUGCUGGAGAAUAGCGGCCUGGUGGGCUACGCCCAGGAGGUCCUCAAGGAGACAGACCAGUCCUGCUUCGUUCAGACGGCCAAGCAGCUGCACACCAGGAUCGCGAAAUCCACAGAGUCUCUAAGGACGUUCCACCCCGCGGCCAACCCCUCCUUUGAUGAGUUUGUGCUAGACACUUCCAGAGAGGAGACUCUGCUGAAGGAGCUGUGUUUUGGGGGAGUCCCUGAGCCUCCCAUCAUCGAUCUGUCCCGUAGUCGCGUCUACAACGAGGGCCGGUUGUGCUGGCAGCUGGCCGAGGACACCUUGGCCACAGACCACCAUGUCCUUGAGUACAGGAGGCUGGGCACCGAGCAGGAUGAGGAGGAGGGCGCCAGCCGCUGGUGCCUCACAGACCGGGUGUAUGGCCCCAGCACAGUGGUGUGUGACCUGGAGGCCGACAGCCUCUACUCUUUCAGAGUCCGCAGCUGCCGCAACUCCCUCUACAGCCCCUACAGCCCAGAGGUCACCUUCCACACACCACCUGCCCCAGCGUUUGGCUUCCUAUUCAACGACAAGUGCGGCUUCAGCUCGGAGCGGCUGGCGUUGAGCAAGCGCCGUGACUCUGUGGAGAGCGUGGCCGGCAUGGCCUUCCUGCUGGCUGCUGAGCGUGUGCAGACGGGCAGCUACAUGGGCCUGGAUUACAUCAUCGGUGACAUGGGCAUCUCUCAGGGCAGACACUACUGGGCCUUCAGCGUGGAGCCCCACUCCUACCUGGUCAAGGUGGGCGUGGCCUCUGAUUCCAAGCUGCUGGAGUGGUUCCACAACCCCCGAGACACUAGUAGCCCCAGGUAUGACCACGACAGUGGGCACGACAGUGGCAGCGAGGACACUUGCUAUGAUCUGUCCCAGCCCUUCACUCUGCUCACUGUGGGCAUGGGCAAAGUGUUCCUCCCCAAAGCGUCCAUCUCUUCCGCCGGCGACCACAGCAACCGGGUGCUGCCCAUGCCCCAGCGCAUCGGCGUGUGCCUGGACUACGAGGCGGGCCGGGUCUUCUUCUACGAUGCAGACACCAUGAGGUGCCUUUACGAGCGGCAGGUGGACUGCUCUGGUACCAUGUACCCUGCCUUUGGCCUCAUGGGUAGUGGCAAGGUCCAUCUAGAGGAGUUCAUCACGUCAAAGCGACUGUCGUAUAUGUGAGAUGUUGGGCCUUCCACACACACAAGUCUCUCCUUCUCAACACUUGCCUUUGAGUUCAUGUUGGUCUCUGCUUUCUGUCAGGUAUGUUGUGUAGUGAUGUUGUUGUGUGUAUUGUUGAUUAUUAUUAUGCCAUUUCUUUGUUUUUAAUGAACACAUAUUUAUGUAGCACCACUGAGUCCAGUAAAACAUAGCCAAGAGAAACCUGAAGAGCCUUGCAGCUACUGCUACGCCUCUGUGCCUUUCACAAUAAAUAGGUCAUCUAAAAAAUUCAAUAAUUUGUCUAAUAACUGUGCACAACAGCAUGGCUAGUCAUCACUGACAAGGGUGAGUCUAUGUAGGUCACAAGGACCCCUCGGUUGAGAAACAUCCCUACCAAAAAUGUAUAAUACAAAACAUACGUAAUCAAUGUCCUUUGGCAAGAGUCCGUCAACACCAGUUUGUUGCACUGCAUUUGAUUUGGACACAUGCUCACAAAAAUGUGCACAUAAAAAAAAAAGACAAGCACACCUUGCACUUAAUCUCACUACCUAAUCACUCUGAGCACUACUUCAAUGCAGAACACAUUUAUCUGAAUCGUAACACUAGACAUUCACAUUCAGGGUGUAAUUCUAACUUGAGAUCCGCGUGCGCUUGCACAGAAAUAUGAGUUGUCGUGGAUAUUAGUUGAUCACCAAAUUAUCACGUUAAUUAAUUUACCUCACACUGCUGUCUCGGAUGCAGUUGUUCAACAGCAGUGAAUGUUUUCUGUUUAGCGCCGGGAAUGUGAAACUUCAGUAACACUACAGGUUCUCACUACACAAACUGUCCCACGGAACUCUACUACGAUGCGGCAUCUUUCCUGAAACACGUCAUGUUAGUGUACAGAACUUAGACAUUUGAUACGCACAUUGUCGAUUGGCUCUCGAGGAUCAGCUAGGACAACACAAGGUUUCAGGGCACACCACGGGUCUGUUCAGGCGUGUGCAGCGUUUCAGAACCUUCAGAUUUAGAAAUGUAUUAUGCUCUGUCCUCUAGAAAAGGGAGUAAUUUUGUUUCUAUACAUUUUUACUUUUAUCUCAUUCUGAAUGGUUACCCCUGCUGAACACACCCCUGGUCACCUCUGGCUUCCUUACAUGGGUUUCUGGACAACAUCUGUACAUAUGUUUUGUUUUCUUGAGGGUAAGGAUAAUCUGUGUUUUUCUCAGGUUUGUGGCUUAUGGGCCUUGUGCUACUGGCCUAUCAGCCCUGGAAAACGAUACCUUUCUCCUCUACAGGAUUUCACUUUUCUUUGCAGCUUCCAUAAAUACAUGAGUAAUUUACUGUACCCUAAUCUCAGCCUUUAAGAUUGUUCAUAUCCAAUAAUAAGCUGAAAUUAACAUUUUUUUUAAAAUUUUACCUCAAUGUACAUAUCUAGUGACAUUUUAUUUUUGGGGUGAAAUAAGUUGUAGAUCUGCAAUUUGUUUUAUUCUAUGAGUUUAAGUGCUGUGAAGUUUCUCAAAGCCUAAUCAAAGUUAAGCGAUUUGGGCAAUUGGUGGAAAAUUGUCAUUGGAACUAGAUCAUGUCUGACUGAAUUUGUGAAGGGAGCAUUUUAAAUCUACACCUCUUGUGUGUUGUGAUGUGUUUAGGUCCAUUUGAGUGUUUCGUAUCCUAGAAUUUGUUGCGUUUUAAUUGUUUUCCUUAUCUGAAUCAUGUAAGGUAAUUUUGAGGGAUAACAAUCUGUAGUCUUAACUUAAUUCCUAGCUGCUUCAGAAUUGGUGCGCAUAAUUCUCUACCAUUCCUUUUAGGACACAACAACACUUCUACCUGUUCCUUUUUUAAAUGACUGUUGAAACACCUUUUAAAGUCUAUGCACUUAAUUAACAGGUUUGGGAUUGUGUUUAUCACAGAAUGUAUUAUUUACAGAACAAACUGAAUGUCUCGUAGGUGUUUGCUUAUCUUGGGUCAAGUCGCUGUUGGCUGCAGCAGUUGUCUUUCACGGUAGAUGUUUGCUAUAGUGCUCGUCUUAUUCUAGCUACAUAUCACUGCUGAUUUUAGAAAAGGGAAUCCUAUGGCUUUCAGUAGUAAGUUAAACCAAAUAUUCUGCAGACACUCAGUCUAAUGGUUCAAGCUAGCACUUUAAACUGUAGCAUGUAUGCCUCUGCUGUGCAGGUCUGUAUAAAUUGUGGCGCAAUCUUACGUAGACUGCUGGAAGUAGACCUGUUGUAUUCUCCUAUUGUAAGUAAUGGGAUAUGUGACGUUUGCUUUCUGUGAGUAAUGCUUUGAUGUACAUUAAGCGUUGUCUGUAAUCAGAUUCUUGAAAUACUACGCUUUUUUUAUUUGCUGUUUGGGGAUUUAUAUGAAAUAAAAGUGUUUUAAACCAA